ACCAGGCGGGGCUUGUGAGUGGAGCAGAGUUGAAUUGUUUUGUCCCUCUCCGCCCACCAUAUGAAAACUUAGACGGAGAAGGUCACAGAUAUGGCGGCUGUCAGGAUGGGAAAACUGAUAGCCAUACCUGCAGGUCUGAUGUGUGCAUCUAUAAGUGUACAUGCAGCCAAAGAAGAAGAAUUGAAAAAGCAGCUAGUAAAACCAGAGCAGCUCCCCAUAUAUACCACACCACCUCUGCAGUCUAAAUAUGUUGAAGAGCAGCCUGGUCAUUUACAAAUGGGCUUUGCAUCCAUCCGUAAAACAACUGGUCAUUAUAUUGGCUGGUGUAAGGGUGUUUAUGUCUUUGUGAAAAAUGGGAUAAUGGAUACAGUACAAUUUGGAAAAGAUGCUUAUGUCUAUCUGAAGAAUCCACCUAAAGAUUUUCUUCCAAAAAUUGGAGUGAUUACAGUUUCAGGAUUAGCAGGCUUGUUUUCAGCAAGAAAAGGUUCCAGGUUUAAGAAAAUUGCUUAUCCCUUGGGACUGGCCACUUUAGGAGCAACUGUUUGCUACCCAGUUCAGUCAAUAAUAAUUGCAAAGGUAACUGGGAAAAAGGCAUAUACUACAAGCCAGCAAAUUUAUGAAGCAGUUAAACUAUUGUGGACAAAAAACAACAAAAAAGAGUCACUCCCUAAACCUAAAGAAAGAACUAAGAUAGAAAACUCUGGUGAAAUAGAAAUAUCUGCAAAAACAACUCACAACCUGAAAUUUUCAGUGCCUUUGUCAACAGAACUCAUCUUUGAAACAAAGACAGAAUCGGAAUCUACCUCAGGUGAAGAUCCUGAGGGCACAGAAGAGGUUAAGUAACUUGCCCAACCAAGGUCACACAUUUAGUAAGUGGUACACUGAGAGUUAAAUUUAGGUAGCCUAGUGCCAAAGUCUAUGUUUUUAACCACUAUUCUAUACUGCUACUCUCAGUAUGAUGGUGAGACACUCUCCUGCUACUCCAGCCUUACUGAUCUUUUCUGUGAAUUCCUUCAGCACUUAUAAACUAUACUUCUUUAUACUUUACAUUUGCUUUUUAUGUGAUUGCUUUAUGCUUACUAAUUAGACUACUUAACCAGGGUGUAAAAUUCUCUCAAGGAGCUGCAGCUACAUUGUAUCUGAGUUCUGUAGCCCUCAGGACACCUAGAACAGAGCGAGGUACCUAAUAAGUGGCCCAAGACUUAAUCAAACCUCAACAGGCUGAUACUCCAAUGAUAAACUCCCUUUAAUGAUAAGUUUUACCCUGCUGUUUUGAUUAAACCAGUAUAUACUAUUAUAGGUAACUUAUUCACCAUAGUUAAAAUGACUCAUGAAUCAAGUUUCAAAGUUAUUUUGAAACAUUGGAAAAUUGACUCUGUGAAUAUUUUAAUUUAUCAAUUCAACUUCCCCAAAGUCUGCCAUUUUAAAAUUCUUUAGUAUUUUACAAAAUGGAGAGGAUAACCUUUUUUAAAAAAAAGCUAAUUUAAUCUUUGUAAGUAACUUACUGAUUCAGAUUCCUAUAUAGUUUAGUAUAAUUUAGUGUGUGAUUUAGAGCCUAAAGACUUGAAUCCUAGUCCCAGCUCUAAGUCGUUACUAAUUAUAUAAUUUUGAGAGGUUGUUUAAUAUCUCUCUGAGUCCUGCCCCCCCCCCCCCGACCUUACCCCAUCCCUGCUUUCUGAUCUAUAAAUUUGGGAUAUUAUUUGCCUUACUUCAAAGAUGAUUUUGAGGAUCAAAGAAGACAAUGCAUCUGAAGGUAUUUUUUUAAUGUUUAUUUUUUGAGAGAGAGAGAGAGAGUAUGGGAGGGUCAGAGAGAGAGACAGAGACACAGAAUCUUAGACUCCAGGUUCUGAGCUGUCAGCCCAGAGUCUGACAUGGGGCUCAAACCCAGAGACCGUGAGAUCAUGACCUCAGCUGAAGUCAGACGCUUAACCAACUGAGCCACCAGGCACCCCUGAAAGUAUUUUUUUAACCUCUAAUGCAGUAUACAAAUGUAGAUUUUGUUAUUAUUCAUAGUAUAACAUCUGAGAAUGGAGAAAUAUUAGUUUAGAAUUUAGAUUAGCCCCUAAUCUAAACUGUGUGAUCUGGGUGAAGGCAUUAACCUCUCUGAACCUCAUCUCCAUUUAUAAAAUGAACAAUGAUUUUAAUUUCCUCCAUAUCCUGUUGGCAAAUAACAAAAAAUCUCAUACUUAAAAAAAUAUGAACUGUUACUGAAUUUUUUCAACCCAAAUGAUUACCAUGGCAUGAAGUAAGUUAUUUCAUAUAAUUGCCUUAUAUAGGCACUUAGUAGUUAUAUAAUUCUUUUGCCUGAAUAAAGUAUUUUAAUUCCUCCUGCCUUCUAUAAUUAUUAAUUAUGAUAGAUCAAAUGCUAUAUGUAUAUUAUAUUAUAUAGAAAAGAGUAAAUUACUCUUUUUGCAUUAUUAAAAUAAUAAACUGAAAGAAAAACAUAUUUUAGGGAGCUCUUGAAGUAAUGAAGCAAUUUUGCACGAAGAGCAGAAUAUUUCUUCUGUGCUCAGAAUUAAAUCUCCAAAAGUAUAUGACUCCAAUUAAUGAGUAUUCUAAUCCAGUAAUAAUAACAUAAAAAUUCUACAAAUAUAUAUGUUUAUCUGUACACACAUACAUACAUACUUUUAAGUUUCCUACUGUUGGGAGACUUCAAAACAGAAGUCUUGAAGAAACACUAAAAGAAAGAAAAAGACAGAGAAAGAAAGAAAGAAAGAAAGAAAGAAAGAAAGAAAGAAAGAAAAGAAAAAGUAAAGAGGGAAGGAAGGAAGGAAGGAAGGAAGGAAGGAAGGAAGGAAAAGACGGAAGGACAAUGUUUGGCUCAUGAAAAAUGGAAGAUAAUGUAGAAGUUUGGAGAUUAGAUUGAAGAAAGGAGAAAACAUUCAUUCAGUUAAGCAUUCAUUCAUAAAAUAUUUUUCCAUCACCUACUAUGUGCCAAGCAGAUAUGUCAGUCUCUGAGAAGAUAAUAGAUGAAUAAGAUAAAUCUCUGCUCUCAAAGGUAUCGGUAUUAUUGGAAAGACAGACCUAUAGAUAAAUGAUGUAGGUAGAUAGAAGAAGAAGAAGAAGAAGGAGGAGGAGGAAGAGGAGGAGAGGAGGAGGAGAUAGAUGAUAGAUGAUAGAUAGAUAGAUGUAUAUAGAUAGAUAAUAUAAAUAAAAUCAAUGUAAGUACUAUGCAGAGAAACCCAAAGGAGCAGCCAAAAGAACAUGUCUCAAAUUGAGGAAUCAAGUAAAGUUUUUUGGAGGAGGUGACAGCCUGAGCUGAGUUAUAAGUGAGAAAUAAGAGUUAUUUAUAAUAAAGGAGGGUGGGGUAUAUUUCAGGUAGUGCAAAAAGCUUUUAUGAAAGUCUAGAGAUAACAAAAAGCAAGUAAGAUUCCAUAGAAUUGCAACUUGUUCAAUGUGAGUGUGAGGGAAUAGUAAUAGAUGAAGAUGAAGUGAUAGGCAGGAGCCAGAUCUUUAUAAAAACCUUGGUAUUACUUUGAUAAGGACUUUGACUUUAUCCUGAAGGGAUUGAGAGCCAUCAAAGGAUCUUAAGCAGAUCAGUGUUAUGAGUUUUAUGUUUCAGAGAUAAAACUAAUGAAAGGGGCAAGGAACCAAAACCAGUGGAGAGACUGUUACUUUACACUUGAAAAAAAAUGAAGUUCUGAAAUAAAGCUGUGGAUGCACAGAAGAAAAGGGACACAUUCAAUAAGUAUUUAGGGGUAGAAGUGAGAGGACUUUAUUACUGACUACAUGUGAGGAUGGGGGAGAUAGUAGGAUAUAGGAAGAUACCGAGGUUUGGAGCUUUAGUGAGUAGAUGGAUGAGAAUGCAGUUUAAUGAAACACAGCAUACAGAGGUUAGAAGGAGCAGGCAAAGAGGCAAAAUUAUGACUUCAGUUUUGUCAAAUUUGAGGUAUCUUUGAAAUUUUCAAGCAGAGAUGUUCAGUUACCAGUUGGACAUGUGGGCUGGAAAUAGAUUUAGGCCUACUUUCAGAGAGUUGGUAAUUGGGGACAGUGAGGUUAAUCAACAGAGUACAAAAAGUGAGAAGAUCAGAGCCCCACUGAUAGAGUACUAAGAAGCACCAAUGUAUAUGGACUAAAUAGAAGAGCAGCACCUGAAGACUGAAAAUAAUUGUCUAUAGAGAUAUGAAAAAAGAGAGAUAAUGAUGUCACAGAAGCCAAGGGAGCAGAGAGUUUCCAGUGUCAAAUGCUGAACAGGAGGUAAAGACUGAAAAGUACCCACUGGGUUUAGCAACAAGUAGGUUAUAUAUAAUUGUAUUGAGUACAGUUUCAAUUUCAGUGAAAUGAAAUCAAAUUGUAUUAGGCUGAGGAGUGGAAUAGAAGUGAAGGAGUAAAAGCAAUGAAUGAAUAUUAUUCUUCCAACUAGCUGUGCUAUGAAGAAGAGACAAAUGGUGAUAACUGAAGUCACAAUGAGCUUGAUGGAGGUCUCUCUCUCCCUUUCUCUUUCUCUCCCUCCUUCUUCCUUCCCACUCCCACUCCCUCCCCUCACCCUCCUUCCCUCCCUCCCUCUGUCUCUCAAAAUACUUAACUAUGUUUACAUGCUGAUAAGAAGGAGCCAACAUAAAAGAAGAGGCUUAAGAUUCAGGAGAACCGAGGGGCACCUGGGUGGCUCAGUCAGUUAGGCGUCUCACUUUGGCUCAGGUCAUGAUUUCACAGUUUGUGAGUUCGAGCCUCACAUCGGGCUCUGUGCUAACAGCUCAGAGCCUGGAGCCUGCUUCAGAUUCUGUGUCUCCCUCUCUGUCUGCUCUUCCCCUGCUCGUGCUCUGUCUCUCUCUCUCCUUCAAAAAUAAAUAAAAACAUUAAAAAAAAAAGAUUCAGGAGAAAGGGGAUAAUCAAAGAAGAGGGACUGUAAGGAAGCUGAAGAGGAGGGGAGGAUGGGAUUUGUUAAGAAUGGUAAAUACCUCUUCUACUGAGAUGGGAAUGAAGGAGUUAAUGAUGGAAGCUAAUGUUGAGAAGUUUAUAUGUGAAGGUUCAAUGACAAGAAUCAGGAAACUAAAGAGUUAUCAGAUCAUAACCUCAAUUUUACCCUGUGAACAUUGUAUUUAGGGUGAUGAAAGCCUGGAAUAGUAGCUGAAGGUAAUGUUUAAAGGAGAUGAUUAGGGUUAAGAAGAAUUCCUGGUUUGUCUGAUGUUAAAGGCCAUGAGCUUGUCAUACUCUUCACUUCUACUUAUUCUUAUAUCCCAUUUCCAAUCCAUCAGGAAAUUCUGUCAGCUUCAUCUUCAAUAUAUAUCCUAAAUCCAACCAAUUUUCUCUAUCUCCACUUCCACCACCCUAAUGUGAGCCAUCAGCAUCUCUGUCUUUGAUUAUUGUAAUAGCGUUCUCUCCUCCUCCCCAAACCUGGCUUCUUUCAAAGAUUCUCUUUGUCUUUGAUUUUCUGCGGUUUCAAUCUGAUAUACCUAGGUGUUGAGUUUUGGUAUUCAUCUUGCUUAGUGUUCUCUGAGAUUCCCAAUCUGUGCCUUGGUGUCUCUCAUUAAUUUUGGAAAAUUCUUAGCCAUUAUUACUUCAACUAUUUCUUGUGCUCCUUUAUCUAUUUCUUCUCCUUCUGGUAUUUCCAUUACAAGUAUGUUAUACCUUUUGUAAUUGUUCCAUAGUUCUUGGGUAUUAUAUUGAUUGGGUUUUUUUUUUCAUUCUUUUUUCUCCUUGCAUUUCAGUUUGGGAAGUUUCUACUGACAUUUUCCAGCUUAGAUUUUUUCCUCAACCAGUCUGAUAGUAAGCCUAUUAAAGGUAUUCUUCAUUUCUGUUAUAGUGUUUUGGUAUGUAACAUUUCACUUUGACACUGUCUUGGGGUGUCCAUCUUUCUGCUUGCAUUACCCAUCUAUUCUGGCAUGUUGUCUACUUUUUCCAUUUGAAGCUUUAGCAUAUUUAUCAUGAUUAUUUUAAAUUCUCAAUCUGAUAAGUCCAAAAUUUCUUCCCUAUCUGAUUCUGGCUUUGAUGCUUGGUUUGUCUUUUCAGACUCCCCUCCCAUCCCUGCCUUUUAGCAUGCCUUAUACAGUACUUGUUUUCUUUUUUUAUUUAUUUUUUUACAGUACUUGUUUUAAACCAAACAUGAUGUGUCAGGUAGAAGGAACCAAGAUAGAUAGACAUUUAGUGUGAGUUAUUACCUUUAUCUAGAGCUGAGCUGUAUUUACUGUUUACUGGAGUUGUGUCAGUGGCUAAAAUGUUCUCUAGUCUCCUUGUCCACCCCAGCCCCAUUGUGCUUGGAUUUUCCUAGAGAUCCUUAAAUAGAGUCUUUGUCUAAGAGCUCUCUUUAUUAUAAUCCACUGUUGCUAUAUCACUGUCUUGUUGAUAUGGCAGUAAGGUACUGGGGAUAGAAGCAUUCUAUAAUCUUCUAAGUAAUCUCAUUGAUAGUGGGCCUGAGUCCUUGGGCUGUAAACUUCAGAAGCAUUUGUUAGCCUCUUUUUUUACACCUUAUAUCUGGAAAAGGAAGACUGGAAGAGGAUGGAGUUGUCUAACUGAGCCUCCUGUAAGUUAGGUAAGGCUUUAAUAAAGUAGUUUCCCUUGAGGGCGGGUCUUUGUUAUUGAGAACGGAAACUCUGGGCAUGUCAAAGUGGUUGUUUUCUUCUGAUAAUAUUUCAGUAUGGUUACUUUUCUCUCUUCCUACCCAAAACAUGUGGGAUUUUCUUCUGAUCUUCACCAGGAGAACCUGGUUGGGGCUCCUAAAGAUAAAAUUAAUGAAAGUAUGCCACACCCUCAAGACUGGGCCCCAGAAGUUUUAAACUCUCAAGCUGUUUCAUGUUCAGCCUCCAGCAAUUCUUCAAUUGCCAUUUAAGUGUUCCUAACCAGUUACUGGCUCCAGUAACUUCUGUUUCAGGUAAGCUAAUCUGGACCAUUAUUCUCUAUGUUCACCUGUCUCCAUUUUUGGGGGUGGUGACUUGCUCAGUUCUCUGAUGUGUCUAAGAAAUAUCACUGAUCUUCAGUUUGUGUGACUUUUCCUUGCUGCAAGGAUGAGAGUGAUGACUUUCAAGCUCUUCACAUGUUGGUGUUGAAAUCAGAAGACUGUAAUAAUGUUCUACUAUCCUUCUGCUUCUACUUUUCCCCUUGCAGCAUUUUCUCCACACAGUAGCCAGUGUGAUCCUUUUAAAACAUAAGUCAGUAUAAUGUCACCUGUUCCCCUUGCCCAGAAUUCCCUUCAGCUAGAAAUCCAUGAAACUCCCUCCCUCAAUUCCCUCAAGUCUUUGCCCUGCCCAAAUAUCACUUGCUUUCAUGAAGCUUACCUUCCAAUUGAGGGAGACAAAAAUAACCAACAAAAAAAAGUGUAAAGAAUGUCAGAUGGUUUUAAAUGGUAUGCAGAAAAAUAAAGCAGGGCAGGAUAUUUGGGACUGUGAAGGUGAUGCAAAUUUAAAAUAGGGUGGCCAGGGAAGAUCUCACUUAAAAGUUGACAUUUUCUCAGAAACUAGAAAGAGGGAAAGAGUAAGACAUUUCAAUAUCUGGAAUUGGAGCAUUCCUGACUGAGGAAGGAACAAGUACAUAGUCCCAGAGAAUGGGAGUGCAUAACAUUCUGGGAUAACACUAAGGAGGUUAGUGUCAUGGUUUAAAGUUCAAUAAGCAGGGAGAGAAUUAGGGGAUAUGGUUAGAUUAUGUAGUGUCUUUAGGCUAUAAUAAGACUGGAAGGAACUGAUUAAAGGGGAAAUAUCAGAAGGUGGUUUGGGAAAUAAGUCUGAGACAUCUAUUAUAUACAACCAAGUUGAAAUGUCAGGUAGGUUAUUGGAUAUAUGAGUCUGGAGUUUAAAGUAGUUUGGAGUGGAGAUAGACAUGUCAAAAUCAUUAGUCUGGGACGAGAUGAGAUCAACAAAAUGUAACAGAGAAGAUAAGAGGUUUAGAUUUAAGCCGUGGCACUCCAUGGCUUAGAAAUUAAACAGGGAAGCAGAGAUGUCUGUGAAAGAGUGGCCAGUAAGAGGAAAAGAGAGAACUAUCCCAGAACCCAAGUGAAGAGAGUGUUUCAAGAAAUAGAGAGUGAGCAACUCUGUCGAAAAGCUAAUUUCAGGUGAUCAGGUAAUUUGUAUUCCAAAAUGGAACACUUCUGAGAGUGAAAGAGAAUGCUAUUAAUAAUCAUGUACAGAGAACAGGAAAAAGCUAAGACUAUCCUGGGCAACCUAGGACACAUGGUCGUCAAGAUAGGUCAUGUAUAAUGAGGACUGAGAAUUAGCCAUUGGAUUUAGCAUCAUAGUGAUCAUUGUUGAGCAUGACAAGAGCAGUUUUAGUGGAAUGCUGAAAAGAAAGUUUGAAAUGGAUUCAAGACUGAAUGUGGAAGAAUUGGAGAUAAUAAGCCUAGACAUCUCCUUUGAGAAGUUUUGCUAUUAAUGGGAGUAAAAGAAAAUAGGUGGAGGAAGAUGUGGGGUCAAGGAAUUUUUCAUUCAUUUUGGAGAUGCAUAACAUGAAAGCGUGUUUGUUAAUGGGAAUGAUCCAAUGGAGAACCAAAAAUUCUAAUGCAAAAGAGAGUAGGAAGAAAUAUUGAGCAAAAUCUUUAAAUAAGCAAGAAGAGGUAAGAACCAACGUACAAGUUAUUAUCAUUAAAAGUGUUAUUGUUACUCAUUUUUAUUUUUCAAUACACAAUGCUCUUUGGGUUGCAUGAUUCACAUGAAUCUGUUUCUACUGUUUCAUGCAGAAUUUUUUAACCCUUUGCUAACCACCAUUAUAACCAGUCUUGCCCUUUGAUAAAUCAUAAUUUGGAAAUCAGAACUGAGACUUAAUUCUACCAAAGAAUAAGAGUCCUCAGUGCAUGGGAUGAUUUUUUUAAAAAGAGGAACCUAGCAUUUGUGAUAAUAUCUAAUACUUUAAUAGCAUCUGCUAUGUGCCAAGCACUGUUCCAAAUACUUUCCAUAUAUCAACUCAUUUCAUUAUCACAAUAACCCAAUGAGGUAGAUGCCACUGUUACUCCCAUUUUACAUGAGGAAGCUGAAAUACACAGUGAAUAAAUGGGGGGAGCCAAGUCAUGCACCCCAACUGUUGGGCUCUGGAGUCUGUGCACUUAACCCCCCACCACAAUAUUUUCCCUGUCGUCUGAAUAAGAAUUCAUUCAAGGCCUUGGUGAUUACCUCAAAGUUUAUUGAGAUUAGUUUAGUCUCCAAAGAAAAGUAAGCAAGCUAAGUUCCUUAUUACAGUGUCUUGGCCCAUCCUCAUAAAUCUCACAAAUGCUUAUCAGAUUAAUCUCACUUUAUAAUGGCUCAUUUUUUUAUAGAUUUGCCUUUGUCGAUAAACAUGUAAAGUCAAAUAUGCCUUUCUGAAAGUUAAAGGAUCUGACUUUAAUUUACAUUAAACUUAUUAUAUUAUUUCCAUGAGAAACACCAACUCCCCUUUAUAAAAUAAUUUUUAUUGAAGUAUUAUAUUCACAAAAAUACAUAAAUCAUAAGUGCAUAGGUAGGUAAACUUCUGCAAAGUGAGCACACUCAUGUAACUAGUACCUACAUCAAGAACCAGAACAUUAUCUGCACCCCAAGAUUCCCCUAUUGCCAACUCUUAGUCAUUACUCUUCCAAAGGUACCUACUAUUAAGUUUAUAUGUCUUUUUAAUGUUUUAUUUUUAAGAGAAAGAGAGACAGAGCACAAGUGGGGUGGGGGUGCAGAGAGAGAGGGAGACAGAAUCCGAAGCAGGCUCCAGGCUCUGAGCUGUUAGCACAGAGCCUGACAUGGGGCUCAAACUCUCGCACUGUGAGAUCAUGACCUGAGCUGAAGUCAGUCACUUAACCAACUGAGCCACCCAGGUGCCUCAGGUUUAUAUGUUUUUGAACAUAAUCUAACCCAGUUUAAAAAUACAAGCAUACUCCCAUUAACAAUCUAUUUCUUGCCUGAUUUUGAUGUUCUUUCCACUUAUUCAAAGAUGUAAGCUAAAUUACAUCCUAUUCACCUAAAUGGCCAUGAUUUUGUUCUUCUAAUUUGUUAUUUGAAUUGCAUUUGUCAUAAAAUUAUAAUUACAAUAAUAGCUCUCACUUAUCAAGUACUUCUUACAUGCCAAAUAAGUGUUGUGUUACUUUUUUGAUCCUCAUAACCUUGAACUAUUAUUAUCAUCCUUUCUUUCCAAAAGAGGAAACUAAGGCUCAAAAGGUUAGUUAACUUUCCCAAGAUCACACAGUUAGCAAGUGGUAGAACUGAGGUAAAUUUUUUGUUCUUUUGAAAUAUUUGACCAUAUCUAGCUCAAUUUGAUAUACCCCAAUUAUAUAGAUGAGCUCUUGUUAUUGUAAGAUUUCCUUUACUGAAUUAUUUAUGCAUACUUUACUAAAAUCUGAUUAUACUUUUAUUGCACUUCACACUAAAUUCUCCUUAUACAAUUAUUUCAAAAUUUAAGAUCCAUUGUUAGCCUUCUUGGAUUUAAUUGCAUCCUGUUUCAUGCAUCAGAUUAACAGGUUUGUAAGCAUUACAUAAUAUUUACCUUAUGUCCCCAGAAUUCUUUAAAAAAGUAACUGUAGUUGAUCCAUAGUAUUUUUUGUUUUUAUUAACAUGGUGUAUCAGAAUACUUUUGGCUACAACUAAUAGAACAUCCAACUAAACGUCAUUUAAACAGUAGAGGUUUUUUAAACUCCUACAAUAAGAAGUUGGAGGUUAGGCAAAUGUAGGCUUGAUUCAGUAGUUCAGUGAAGUCAUUAAGGACCUAGGAUUUUUUCCAUGUUUUCACUCUGUAGCCUCCAUUGUGUUAGGAUAGGUCUACUCAUGGUUACAAGAUGAUUGGAACCAUUCUAAGCCUCACAUCCUGAUACAGCCGUAUGCAAAGCAGGGAGAAAGAAGACUACAAAGGAAAGCAACCUUUUUUCUUUUUACCAGGGAGGAAAUUUUUCUGAAAAGCUCCACAGACUUCUCUUUAUGUCCCAUUGGUUAGAAUUGUGCCACAUGGCCAUACCUAGUUGUAAGGUUGUCUGAGAUAGCAAUAACUGGCCAUCUCAGCCUCUUUUGGGGGGAAGAAAGGCCUUUGGAUACAUAGAAGAAGGUAUUUGUUGGUCUAGGGGGGAACAAAUUGUUGUUGGAAUUGCAACUAUUAUUGCGUGCCUCACAUAGAUAAUUUAUAAUUUAAUGUCUUCAAAAAGAUAGAGAUGAAGAAGGGAGGUACAUAUUAACUACACCCACAGUAAAUUGGUUAUGUUAGCUGAAAUGUUCCCUUCUCACAAGUUGUCUUCCACUGUGCUUCUGCAGUCUCACCAUACAGCAGGACUUUCUAGAUGGUCCGCAGUGAAUUUGUUCCAUAUUGGCUAAAAGUGUCAGGAAAAUAGAUUCUGAUUUAAUAGAAGAAAGAAUGUUUCUAAUAGAGCUGGCUGCUUCCAGAGCACCUCAGUUAACUUGUUACCAGACUGUUCAAGCAGAGCAUUUUAGUGACAAUAUUAAUCUAUAAAUUCCAAACAAACAAAAACAACUGAGAUUCAUUGCUUUAAUUGCCAGAAAGAAGAAGUGGAGGAUAAAUAAUGGAUAAAAACCAAGCAGGUAAUAGUACACAAAAUGCAUUUGCCAACAGGUAGGGAAAAUAGUAAAUUUUGAGAUAUACAGCAGAUACAAGGUUAACAACUUAUCAAAAUGACCUAGAUGGAAAAUAUAUAGUAUGUAAUAUUAGCGGAAUAUGAACUGACAUCCUGACAAUGUGGGCUUGAAGGGAGUGGAAGAGAAAGAGACAAAGAGAAAAUAUGAAGAUGAAACAAUCCUAAUGAAUGCCUGAUGUCUCAGCUGCAUUACAUCUGUGUCUUUUGCUCUGCCUAAUACUUCCUUGUCUUUUCUUUAUUUUCUCUUCCUGGAAGCUCUCCUUACUUCUGUUUCUCUCUUUCUGCCCUCUUCCACUUCCUUUUUUUUUCUUACUCUUUAUUUUUUCUCCUUGUCAGUGAUACCCAGUGAUUAUUGCUUAGCAAUCUUAGUGGCUCUAAGGUCAGAGAUCUCUGAUUUUGACAAAGUUGAAAACUACAUUUGUAGCAAUAUAUUAACAUAAAGUGGGUUUUUUGGGUAGAUAAUAAAACAUUAUGGAUCCCAGUACAAAGAUGAAUAAAUAGUUCUUGUAAGUAACAAAUAACUAACUAAACUCAAACAGCAUACAAUUGAUAGAUAAGUCAUAUGUGUUCUAUAUAGACUGUAGAUAUGGGAAACCAACAAGUGUACAACCAAAAAAUUAACUAGUAACUUAGGCCGGAAAAAAGUUUAAAAUCCAUGCUCAUUUAUCUCCCAUUAUAAACUAUUCACAAUCUCUGUUUACUGAUCACCUCUCAUAAUUACAGUAGUCUCUAAGUGCAGAUGUUAGGACUGCUUCUGUUUCUGCCUUACUUUCACAAUUGUGGAUAGCAUGUUUAUAUUGGCUAGAAUUAUGUUCAUCUCCCACUGUUUUCUGACUGUACAUUGUGCACAAUGCAAGAAAAUUUUAAAUAGCUUUAUUUCUAUUGGUUGAACAUGUGAAGAAUUAGAUUUUAACUAGAGAGGAAAUCAAGGCUGCAGUAUGUAGCCUAAGAGUCUAUACAAUAUUCCAAGCAAAGGUUCUAUUGUUAAAAAUUCACAAACCUGAAAGUAUCUGGUAUUUAAAAAAAUGUUUAUUUUUAAAAGGAAUAAAUAAUUGUUUUCACCUGAA